UUAACUCAUUCAUUGCUGAGGCAUCAACAAAGGAAGGAGAAGAUAGGCCCUAGCCUAGUGGUAAAUAAUUCUAAAAUGUUGUCUUUCAGUUACUAAAGAUUAUGUGUUGCAUACGUGCAUGAUUGAAAAGAAAUGGGAAAACGUCAUAGUAAGCAGAAGCGAUCGGCUGUAUAUGAGGGUGUUCCUACAGCUGUACCGGUGGAGAAUGUCCGUUGCUACACUCCUGUGCACACGGAAGCUGUCCAGAGCAUUUGCGUUGUGAAAGAUAAUAUUUGCCUGUCAGGUAGCUCAGAUAAGAGCCUGGUACUUUAUAAGUGGACAGAUGGAACUAUUAUGCAGAGAUGGACAGGACAUAAGAGAGAGAUUACAAAGGUGGCUCAUGCAAUUGAUUCCGAUGCCUUUUUCAGUGCAUCACGAGAUAAAACCGUUAAUAUGUGGAAGCGAGGAACAACACAAGGUGGUGUUUGCCAAACAAUAAGUCAGACAUUUGAAGGUCAUGACCUUGUAGUCACUGGCUUAGCAGUAAGUUUAAUCAAUAAUCAACUUAUAUGUACAGGGUCUCGUGACAACUUUCUACGAUUAUGGGAUGUAGAAACUGGAUAUUGUACAAAACAGAGCGCCAUAUCCAGAAACUUAGUGACAGAUGUAAAAUGGGUCCCUGGCCAACAUGCAGUAGCACAAACAAGUGAAGAUAAAUGUCUACGAAUUUGGGAUACAAGAUCUCUUCAAGAAAGUCAAAUAUUUCCAAAGAAAAAUUAUAUUCAAACAUGCUGUGAUGUGUCCAAAGAUGGACUUUAUUGUGUAACAAGUAGUAAUGGUUUUAGUGGACAAGGAUGUGAGGCUACGUUAUGGGAUCUACGAACAAGCAAAUUAAUAAUGGAGUACAAAGGUCACACGCAGACCACUUGUGCGUGUGCCUUUUCACAAACAGGGCGCCCUCUAGUGGUGACCUGCUCCAAUGACUCAACUGUUAGGGUAUGGGAUAGAGAUACCUCAGAAUGUCUUUCAACGUUUUACCUUGAUGGAGCAGGUCCACUUUUAACUUUGGCUGUUUUUUCAGAUACAAGCGUUUGUGUAGGAAGCUUCAAUACUGGUAUUCAUGUUCUCUCUUUUGGCGCGGAUGGUGAAAAUGGCAAAGCUCAUCUAAAGAAAAUUGCACAGUACUAAUAACCAUUGAAGUAGUAUAGUUGAGUCAUUUAUAUAUUUGCAUGCAGCUGACAAGAGUCAAGUGAUCCUGUACAGGAGAGUACAUGAUAGAAAAUGUCAAUAUGAUGAAUUCCAUUUUUGCGUCUACUGCCUACUUGCGGGCGAUCAAGGUGGAUGAAGAUAGAAAUGAAUAGUUUGCUUUUUCGCGAGGUUGAAGACUAGCUAGCUAGCAGGCUCUGUUUAGUAAGCCUAUGAAAAUGAUGCUGCCUAGGCCUGUCCUAAAAAGGACAAAAAUGAUAUGUAAUUAGGCCUGCUGCUGCUGACUUGUGAGUUAAAAGUAGCUCAAAAAGACUUAUCAAGCAGUAGACACAACGCUCCUACUGGGAGCCUAUUUUUAUUGUCUCCCAGCACAACAAUCUGCUGAAAGCUUUGUGCGUGCCAUACCAAAUUUAAUGGGCGUCCCAUACUCAAUUUCUUUUUUUCGUCUCUAAAUUAACUUGUUCGUUGGUGGCACUGUCCACAAUGAGAAUAAAAAUAAUAAUAAGGGACCUGUGUCAAGUCUACAUAUAAGUUGACUCUGAAUGUUUUGUAAUAGGCCUGACUGACCAAAAAUCUCAAAAUAAUCUAAGAUUGGAUUUAUUUUUUACCAUCAAGAGCCCAAAAAGCUUAGUGGCCGGUGUAAACAUAUCGAUGUGUCCACACUAAGUGGUUUGAAAGUCGGCUCCAAGAGAAUUUAAACAGAAGUUUAGCUGCUGAUUUGUUAAACAGCCAACUAACAAAACUGAACAAAAAUGACAUGUUAUCUUACCGAAUACUACGCAAGUUCCCAAAUAUUUGCGAAAAAAAUUCACAAGUGAUUCAGAUGAGAAUCGAACCCACGACCUCCAGAUAAUUAUCCUGGUUCCAUAAUCACUUUUUACAGACCUAGGAAUCAAUCAUUGACCUUUCCUUGGUCUGGAGCAACCCUGGCUCCAAAGUUCAAGCAGGGGGAUGCCAUAGGAUAUUUAUUUUUAGUACCAUAACAUUUUGAAAUAAUGCUCACCUAUCAACUUUAGAACAACACUAAUAAAAAAAACCCAUUAAUAUUGAACGCUAAUAAUAAAAAUAUUAUUAUUGAACAUUUUAAUGCUAACAUAUCUUUAUUUUUAUAGAGGGUAACUCUGACUACAAUGUUGACUCAAACUAAAGGCCUCUAGAGUUUGUAAAUUUUGUGCUAUUGUAUUGAAACAAUAAACAUGAAAACAAUUAAAUUUUUUAUAAGAAAAGAAUCAAAUGAUACCAAAUUGCUUUAAGAUAGCAUUUAUGGUUUGAAUAUAUUUAUGAUACAGAUAUUUAUGGUUAUUUCAACACGUCUUCAAAUAUGUUUUGAGUUUUCAGCAUAUACUGUAAUGGGUCUAUUUUUUACAGUUACCUUCACUUAAUCAUAUCUAGAUAGCUACUGCAGUAUGUGCCAUUUAAUGCUAUUGAGUCUGUCUUACUCUGUUUUGGAACUAUGUUCCUCUUCUCAAGAUUUGUUUGUAUUGAUGAAAUAUUUGUAUAUAUUGUUGUUGUCAUUUUAGAUAUUGAAGUUUUUAUACUUAGGUUAUAGUACUCUAUUUUAAAAAUGUUGUUCUUAAUUAUUUAAUUUUUCUUAAUUAUGUUCAUUUCAUGUUAGUUCAUUUUGGGGACUCCUAUGGAAAUUGUCUUUUUUGCAUAGUUACCAACUGAUGGUCCUGCAUUUCACAAUGAUUUUGGAUGAAACGCAUUUUGCAUUUUGUCAUGCAUUCAGCACAAGUCUAUGCAUGAUAACAAAUUAUCACAAAUUCAGGGGAAAAUGUAUUUAAAAUUAUAAGAAAUUGGUUUUAUUAAAAAUAUUUAAAUACUAAUUAAAAAACAGUCAUGCAGUAGCUUGAGUCAUUAGAGAGCUUUCGUUAUCUCAUUUGAGAAUCAAAUUCACGGUGAAAAUUUCUCUCUCCCGACCAAAACAACCCAGCCAACCAUGCACUUUAGUAGAAUCUAGUAGUCGCUGCCAUCUUGUGCGUUCAUUGUCACAACCAACUGUUGAUUAUGAGACUAAAACCAGGGCCCCCCCUCCCAACUGGUGUAGUCAGGCAUUUCAAAUUUCUCAGGUUGGUAACUAUGUUUUUGUAGUUGUAGGGUUAUCCCUAAUAUGCUCUUUUGUGAUUUAGUCUCUUCAUGUUGAUUUGUUUCUGUUUUGUACUUUAAAGAGCAUAUUGAUUAAAUCAAAUCAUAUAAAAAAAAAAAUCAUCAUGUGCUAUUCUCUAGUUCUGUGGCUAGGUAUAGCAUAAUAUCAAGAAAUAUUUGUUAAUACUGCUUCUAUGAUGUACAAAAAAACACCUGGAUACCACAUAGUUUACCCAGCAUGCAUUGAGGGACACAGUGAAUGACGCAGAGAGUUAAUGACUCUUGAAUCCUCUAGUGUUAAUGUUGUUUAUUUGAAAGAUUGUAUCAAGACAAAAUAAUAAAACCAGAUUACCACUUUCCUGAUAUGCUGUAAUUGAAAAACUCUAAAAAUAGACAAAAUAAAACAAAAUACAGUAGAACCCCUCCCUGGUGACACCCCAAUUUAUAAUGGGACUCAUGGGCAAUAUUUAUUAAUUGAUGUGUUUUUAUAUCUGUACGCAAGGAAGGCAAAAAAGAUAGUGGUUGAACUGACGUUAAGGAUAAACUAAAGUAAAAACAAAUUGUCCUCAUGUGGUGUUUGUGUUGUCAAAUAAAUGUAUGCCAAAAUUGUGCAAUUGUAUAAACUGUUGUAAAAGUUGGUGUCUUGUGUUCAUUAAUGUUACGGAAUUUGUAUUGUGAUGAGUCGUACCUAUUUGUAUUUAAGUUUUGCUAUUGUUCAAGUUACACCUUGUAGAAUAUCACCUCCGUGAAUGAGUUCUCCUUAUAAAAUAAAGGUUGUAUAGUAUUUUGUGUAUUUAUCGGGUAAUUUAUAUUUCAUGAGAUAUAUCAAAGGAUGUUAUGUAAGCCAUCAUCAUGCUAAUAUUUUGAAUUUGUAUGUGUUUCUGGAAAGAAUAAGGAAUAUAUGAUAACAGUUUAAGGAGGCUGUAAAUAUAUUUAUCAGAUUUAUUGUGAAUUUAUUUGUUGAAAUUACAGGAUCAAAUACAUCAACAUACCUUAUUGGA